UGUCAACCUGGACUAGUCCGAGAGCAGUCCGAAUUUCGUAUAGAAGACUCAUAAUUACCUAUAUCUCCCUUUAACCGCCAGAUAAUUGUGACUCACUUGUCUCUUGGUAUACAUAUAAGUACCCGGUUGAAUUCUUCACCAUGACAAUCAUAUACCAGUCCGACAAUGAAGGUAAGCGCAAGCUCAACCUUAAGCCCGCAAUGACAUCCUCAACCCAAACACCCUUCGGCGCAGCCUUCCGCAAGGCGCAUUUCUCUUUCAGCCCUUCUUACACACCGCUGAACCACGGCUCUUACGGCGCCAUCCCGGCACCUGUAAGGGCCGCACACACGACCCUGCGCGCUGUGGUCGACGAAGCGCCGGACCCGUUCAUUGCGCUGGAGUUUCACGAUCGGCUUCUGCCGCAUCGGAGGCUAGCUGCUGAAUUAUUAAAUUGUGAGGACGUGGAUGAAUUGGUGUUCGUGUCGAAUGCGACGACGGGAUCGGAUACGGUGUUGAAGAAUUUGAGGUGGGUGGAGGGUGAUGUGGUGUUGUGCUACGAGCUGGUUUAUGAGAGCUUGGGACAUGGGUUGCAGUGGCUUGAGGAGGAGAGGGGAGUCGAUGUGCAUGUUGUUAAGGUGGCAUGGCCGGUGAGUGAUGAGGUGUUGGUUAAGGCGAUGGUGGAUGCGGCACGGGCUAUUAAUAGUGAGCCUGGGAGAAGGGUUAAGUUGGCGAUCGUAGAUACGAUUGUGAGUAUGCCCGGCGUGCGCGUGCCGUUUGAGAAAUUGGUUCCGGCGCUACAGGCCGAGGGGGCGUUAGUUUUGGUCGAUGGCGCACAUGGCAUCGGUCAGAUCGAUAUCGAUCUUGCGGUGCUCAAACCCGACUUCUUCGUUACGAACUUGCAUAAGUGGUUCUUUGUGCCAAGGGGAUGCGCUGCGUUCUACGUUCCGAAGAAACAUCAGCACUUAAUCCGAACGACAUUGCCGACCGGGCAUAGAUAUCGAUCUAGGAAGAAGUUGGGCCAGGAGGACGAAGUUGGGUUUGUGGAGAUGUUUGACUUCGUAGGCACUGAUGACACGACGGCUUGGUUGUGUGUUGAAGCUGCGCGCGAUUUCCGUCGCAAUAUUUGUGGUGGUGAGGCCGCCAUCCAGACAUAUUGCCAUACAGUAGCGCAAGAAAGCGCUGUGGUGGCAGCUAAGAUCCUAGGUACCUCUAUCAUGGACUGUCCUGGCUCAUGUCUACGAGACUGCGCCUUCGCCAAUGUGCGACUACCGCUGGAGCUAGGUACUGAUGGUCCCGGUAAAAUCGACCCGGCGCACGCCCACAAAGUGUCGGACUGGUUCAAAGCGACAGGAUAUCGUGAGAAUGGUACAUACUUCCAGACCGUAUUUUAUAGGGGUAUCUGGUGGUGGCGCAUUAGCGGUAUGAUUUAUGUCGAUGUGGAAGAUUUUAGGAGAGGCGCUGAGAUACUAAAGGUGCUCUGUGAGAGGGUUAGGAAUGGCGAGCAUAUUAAGGGGUAGAGUCGGCCAUGCACCUAUUGUGGCUCUCUCCUGAGUUUACCUAGGUACAGUAAAGGUCCAAAUUAAUCCGGCCCACCCCCCAUUUUACACCAAAACUUACCCUUUUAACUUUAUAAUAUCUUAAUUAAUAAAAAUGAUAGAAGGUAUUGGUUAAUUAAAUCUAAUAGAACUUUAUUAUAUCUUUAUUAUAUAUAUAUAAUAUUUUUGGAGAAAUCUUAAAAUGAAGAAGUUAUCGCAAGCCAAAGUUGACUGAAUGUGAAAUUUAGCAAGUCUCCAUACAAAAAAUCUCGAUUUGUAUGGGAGAGUUGACAAUUCUACAUUGACCUCUACUUUAACUUGCAACAACUUCUUCAUUUUAAGAUUUCCCCAAAAAUAUUAUAUAUAUAAAAUGAAGCCUAAGUAAAUUUCUAUUAAGUAAAAUCAAUUCUCUAUUUUUACUAUUUUUAUUGGUG